CUCUCACAACAAGAAAGCACAAACAUGGGUAACGCGACGGAAGUCAGCAGCAACCCCGAGAUGGAACAGACGACGAAGAAGGAUGUGGGAAACGACGCCGCGCCGGCCUACGCGCCCCCGGCGGAGGACAACAGUGUGCUCGCCGGCGAGGAUGGUGAGCUCAUCGACUACAAGACCCUCACCUGGUGGCAAGGUGGCAUCGUCCUGAUCGCUGAGACCGUCUCCCUCGGUAUUCUGUCGCUGCCUUCCGUUCUGGCGACUGUCGGUCUCGUGCCGGGUAUCAUCCUCAUCCUCGUCAUGAGCUUCCUCUCAACGUAUUCCGGUCUGGUCUUGGCGGAAUUUCGCAAGGAGUAUCCCUUCGUGCAGAACUUUGGCGACGCUGUUGAGGUUAUCGGCAAGUCUAUCGGCAUGGGCCGCGUGUUCCAGGAGGUCUUUGGUUGGGCGCAGGUCAUUUUCCAGGUUUUCGUCAUGGGCAGCCAUUUGUUGACCUGGACCAUCUGCAUGAACACCCUGACCAACUCGUCCACCUGCACCAUCGUAUGGGCCGUUGUCGGUCUGGCCGUCUUUGCCGUCCUCAACUUCCCGAGAACGCUCAAGUAUACCAGUUGGAUGUCCAUGGCUUCCUGCGUCUCCAUCACCCUGGCCAUGUUGAUCACUCUUGGUGAUGUCGCCGCGGAGCGCCCCAUCGGAUCCGGAAGCAUUGAAGUCACCCGCCAGCUCGGCUUCACCGGUGCUUUCCUCGCCGUGACUAACAUCGCCAUCGCUUUCUCCUCCCACUCCUGCUUCUUCUCCGUCAUUGGCGAGUUCAAGAAGCCCGAAGACUGGCCCAAGGCCCUCGCCCUCCUCCAGAUCGCCGACACGACCCUGUACCUCCUCGCCGCCAUCGUUAUCUACGUCUUCGUCGGCCCGGACGUGCCCUCGCCCGCCCUCUCCGCCGCCGGCUCCAAGACCAUGCGCAAGGCCAUCUGGGGCAUCGCCAUCCCGACCAUCGUCAUCGCCGGCGUCAUCUACGGCCACGUCGCCGCCAAGUACAUCUUCUCGCGCAUGUUCCGCAACACCAAGCACAUGAUCCGCCGCACCAAGAUCUCGACCAUCGCCUGGAUCGGCAUUGUCGUGUGCAUCUGGGCCCUCUCCAUGGUCAUCGCCGAGUCCAUCCCCGUCUUCAACUCGCUGCUGGGCCUCAUCUGCGCGCUCUUCGCCUCGUGGUUCUCGUACGGCCUGCCCGGCAUUUUCUGGCUGUGGAUGCACUACGGCAACUGGUUCAAGGACGGCAAGCAGACGUGCAAGUUCGCCGCAAACGUCUUGUUGUUCCUUACGGGCUUCCUCAUCUGCGUGCUUGGCCUGUGGGCCUCUAUUGAGGCGAUCGCGACUGAGUCGCUGACGAAACCGUGGACUAAUCUUGGUGAGAUUGUUCUGGAACAUUUCGACUUUUCUUCAUCACGAAACACCGCAAGACCCUCCCAAAUGGCGGUCACUGAAUCAACCAAGAGGCCGCAAGUGGUCGGAGCCCUGGCUUGUCAAGGGAACUCAUAUUUGAAGACGUUAGAGGCAGAGGUCAUCUCUUGCGAGAAGCGUCCGCCGCCGGUUGCCAAGAAGAAUGGAGGCAAAGACAAGUCGAAGGAAUCCAACGGUGUUGGCAAGUCUGAGAUGUGGUUGAUUGAGUUUGAUGACUCGGUUCUUUUCCCAGAAGGUUGCAGUGGAGGUCAACCUUCAGAUCACGGCACCAUCACUCUGCUCUCUGGUGACUCAGAGACCCCUGUCCCGAUAGAAUUUGUAGAAAGAGUCGGGUUGCGCUGUGUCUAUCACUCUCCGCAGCCCUUGUCUCCAGGCGACCGCGUUCGUCAAGAAGUCGACUUCCAGAGACGAUGGGACCACAUGCAGCAGCACACCGGCCAGCAUCUCCUUUCAGCCGUCAUGAACACCCAUGAGAACCUCGACACUCUCGGCUGGGGGAUGGGCAAGAGCGUUGCGAUGAACUAUGUCGACCUGCCACGCAAGCCCACAGAUGCCGAGUUGCAAGCCAUCCAAGCUCGAUGCACAGAAAUCAUCCGGUCCAGCCUGCCCAUCUCGGUUGAAACCCCUGACGAUGCGAAAGUGCACAAGAUGCCCGAGGACUACGACCAGAACAAGGGUGUUGUUCGCGUGAUUCGCAUCGGAGACAUUGACCGCAAUACAUGUUGCGGCACUCACUUAUCAUCCACAUCACACAUCUCACUCAUCCUUGUCCAUCACGGCGAAUCAGUCCACGGAAAGAACUACCGCCUGUACUUUUCUGUAGGCGACCGAGCCAUCAAUCUGGCCACAGCGGCCAUCAGCGCCAUGAGCUCCGCCUCAAAACUGCUGUCCUGCCCCAGCGCACCGCAGGAAGUCAUCCAAACUGUGAAAAGGACGCAGGAAACUGCCUCCGAACUGAAGAAGAGAGAGAAGAAGCUCCUGGUCGAUAUAGCGCAGUUUGAAGCCGAGGCUGCGAAGACGAAGCUGCAGGCGAGCAAGGCUGUUUGGGUGCAUCGUGGCGAUGGAAGCGCCGACUUUGUCAAGGUGGUCACGGUCAAUGUCAAGGAUGCAUUGGCGGCGUCUGGCGGCUUGGUGGUUGUGGCUACUGGUGAGGACAAACAAGGCGGGCAGCUUGUAGUCUUAGGGCAGAAGGCUGGCGUCGAGGCCUUGGUGCCGAACAUCAAAGAUCUUGUCAAGGAUGUCAAGGGAGGCGGUGCUGGGGACAAGUGGCAAGGCAAGGUCACGACUUGGGAUAAAGGGGUGUUGGUGUCGUUGAAGGAGUUGGUAGAAGGAUUCUCAUUCUAG